AUGGCGGGCCGCGGCCGCCGCGCCUGGCUCAGCGUCCUGCUGGGGCUGGUGCUGGGCUUCGUGCUCGCCUCGCGCCUCGUCCUGCCCCGCGCCUCCGAGCUGGCGGCGGCGGCGCGGCCCCGCCGAGCCCGCCCGCAGGGCUGCCGCCAGCCGCCCGCCGCCGCCCCGCCGCGCCGCCCCGGCCCGCCGGCGCAGAGCUUCCUCUUCGUGGGGGUCAUGACGGCGCAGAAGUACCUGCGGAGCCGCGCCGUGGCCGCCCACCGAACGUGGUCCAAAACCAUUCCUGGCAAAGUUGAAUUUUUCUCCAGUGAAGGUUCGGACACCUCUAUUCCCAUCCCCAUCGUGCCGCUUCCAGGUGUAGAUGACUCUUACCCACCCCAGAAGAAAUCUUUCAUGAUGCUCAAAUACAUGCAUGACCACUACUUGGACAAAUACGAAUGGUUUAUGAGAGCCGAUGACGACGUUUACAUCAAAGGGGACAAGCUGGAGAACUUCCUCAGGAGUCUGAACAGCAGCGAGCCCUUGUUCCUUGGGCAGACUGGCCUCGGCACCACAGAGGAGAUGGGGAAGCUGGCGCUGGAACCGGGCGAGAACUUCUGCAUGGGAGGCCCAGGAGUGAUCAUGAGCAGGGAAGUGCUGCGGAGGAUGGUGCCCCACAUCGGCGAGUGCCUGCGGGAGAUGUACACCACCCACGAGGACGUGGAGGUGGGGAGAUGCGUGCGCAGGUUCGCGGGAGUGCAGUGCGUGUGGUCCUACGAGAUGCAGCAGCUGUUCUAUGAAAACUAUGAGCAGAACAAAAAAGGCUACAUCCGAGACCUGAGGAACAGCAAAAUCCACAGAGCCAUAACUCUGCACCCCAACAAGAACCCCCCGUACCAGUACCGGCUUCACAGCUACAUGCUGAGCCGCAAGAUCGCGGAGCUGCGGCACCGCACCGUGCAGCUGCACCGCGAGAUCGUCCUCAUGAGCAAGUACAGCAACACGGAAAUCCACAAAGACGACCUGCAGCUGGGGAUGCCUCCUUCCUUCAUGAGGUUCCAGCCCCGCCACCGGGAAGAAAUCUUGGAGUGGGAGUUUCUUACGGGGAAGUACCUGUAUUCGGGGGCCGACGGGCAGCCCCCGCGCAGGGGAAUGGACUCGUCUCAGCGGGAGGCGCUGGACGACAUCGUGAUGCAGGUGAUGGAGAUGAUCAACGCCAACGCCAAGACCCGGGGGAGGAUCAUAGAUUUCAAGGAAAUACAGUAUGGCUAUCGCAGGGUGAACCCCAUGUACGGGGCAGAGUACGUUCUGGACUUGCUGCUGCUGUACAAGAAGCACAAGGGGAAGAAGAUGACGGUUCCCGUCAGGAGACACGCGUACCUGCAGCAGACCUUCAGCAAGAUCCAGUUCAUGGAGCACGAGGAGAUGGACGCCAAGGAGCUGGCCAGCAAGAUCAACCAGGAUUCUGGAUCCUUGUCUUUCCUCUCCAACUCGCUCAAGAUGUUCGUUCCCUUCCAGCUCAGCAGAUCGAAAGUAGAGAGGAAGGAACUCAAAGACAAGAAGAUCAACAUCCUGAUCCCCCUCUCCGGCCGUUUCGACAUGUUUGCCAGGUUCAUGGGCAACUUUGAGAAGACGUGCCUCAUCCCAAACCAGAACGUCAAGCUGGUGGUGCUGCUUUUCAACUCCAACUCCAACCCCGACAAAGCGAAGCAGAUCGAGCUGAUGAGAGAUUACCACUCCAAGUACCCCAAGGCUGACAUGCAGGUGCUGCCGGUGUCGGGGGAGUUCUCCAGGGCGCUGGCUCUGGAAGUCGGAUCCUCUCAGUUCCAGAACGAGUCUUUACUUUUCUUCUGUGACGUUGACUUGGUGUUUACCACCGACUUCCUCCAGCGCUGUCGAGCCAACACAGUUUUGGGUCAGCAGGUAUACUUCCCCAUCAUUUUUAGCCAGUAUGAUCCAAAGAUUGUUUAUAGUGGAAAAGUUCCUAGUGACAAUCAUUUUGCCUUCACCCAGAAAACAGGUUUCUGGAGGAACUAUGGCUUUGGUAUUACCUGUAUUUACAAAGGUGAUCUUCUUCGAGCGGGUGGCUUUGACGUCUCCAUCCAAGGCUGGGGCCUGGAAGACGUCGACCUCUUCAACAAAGUCAUUCAAGCCGGCUUAAAAACAUUCCGAAGCCAAGAGAUCGGAGUAGUCCACGUGCAUCACCCCGUUUUCUGCGACCCUAACCUUGAUCCAAAACAGUACAAAAUGUGCUUGGGGUCCAAAGCUUCAACGUAUGGGUCCACACAGCAGCUGGCUGAAAUCUGGUUCGAAAAGAACGACCCCAGUUUUGGGAAAGGCAGCAAUACUAACGGCUCGGUGAGGACAGCCUAAAUGUCCAGCUAUGCUGGAAAAGACUGGGGGAGGGUUUGGGAUGGUUGUUUUUUUUUUUUUUUAAUUAUCUAAUUUAUUUUUGGGGGAAAAUGUUUUUUUGUGAUAAUUCACUUUUAAAAGACCACCACAAGGAUCUGGUUCAGCCGUUGUUUUGGCGUAACGCAGCGCUCGCUUGCGGAGGAACAAAAGCCCUCGGGGCGUUCGGUGGGGGUGGGGGCGGGGUGGGGUUUGGUGUUGAACAAAACUGUGAUCCAUCUUUGCCUUCAAAUGAACAAACCAAGGUUUCAGAGUUCUCUGCCCCAUCGGAGGAAGCCUGACUUGAAUUAGGAUUUCCUUAUGAACAAAAAAGAACAGGUUGUUUCCUCCCUUCCCGCGUUGCUGGGAUGGCGUGAGCAGGGAUGGGAGCGGUGUGGCGUGGGGACUGCUUGCCCUGCAAAGGUCCUGCUGCUUUGCUUGAGGAUGGCCCUUGUUUUCCAGUUGUGUGGCAAUGCUGAGGGGGAGGGUAAUCUUUUGAUUUCGUUUUUUACUUUGCAAAUGAUGAUUUAUUUCAGUUCCAAAACACACUUCCACUCGCCACGGCCAGGAGACUCCAAGGGAGGCAAGAAAAUUAAGCACAACCCACUCCCUGACGAGUCCUUGUCAAAACUCUUGUUCUUUUCUCUUUGGUCCACACCUGGAUGUCAACUUGAGGAACCCAUGGUGGGUUCUUUAUCUGCCUGGAGCUGGUGCCACGUGCCCAAAGAGGGAAGGGAGGAGGAGGGGAACCCCGAGUCCCUCGCAGCACAGCGAACCCUUCGCAGCCCCCCAGGAGAACUUUGCAAGCUCCAGUCGGUGCCCUGAUGUUUAAUGGGAACAAUUAGUACAUUGGAUUCCUAGUUUUGUUUUGGGAUUCUUUUGGGGUUUUGUUUUGGUUUUUUUUUCCUGUAUCUGCUAGACCAUUAAUUUAUUUAAUAUCCAUUGGUUUAGGUUCUUGACCUUUCCUUGAAUAUCUGUUAGUCAUUUUAAUAUUUUAUAUAUAUAUAUAUGUGUGUGUAAAUAUAUAUAUAUAUAUUAGGAAUGUAUUGCAUCUUCUCCCUGGUAAGGUAGUGUACAUCAUCCCUGCAGUAAAUGAUCUCCAAAGAUUACUCUCUAAAACACUUUUUCUCUUUUUUGGAUGAACUUUCUUUGUGGUUUCCUUUUUUGUUUUAUCAUCCCCUCCCCCCCCGCAAAGUUCUCUCACAUUUUUGGAAUGACUUCAGGAAGCUUAGGAAUUCCUUUGGUGUUCUAAGAGGAGCUGGGGAUGGGGGAGGCCGGAUACGUGGCAAGAGUUGACCCCUGUGAGUGAACACCUAGCAAGGUAAGAGAAAAAUACACAAAGUGCCUUAAAGCCAGAAAGGGAACCCUUGACAUUGAGACUUGAGACAGGGAGUGGCCGUUGUGGUUGAAGCAGCUGACCUGUUGGGACCUGCCUACCUGUAAAUAUCUCGCUCAGCAGAAACAGAACAACAAAAAACAGCCAACAAUCUAUUUUUCUACCGUGUCCUCCAGCACCGUUUCGUCCCAUCGCUCCCAGUUCCUCUCGGCUGAGCUCUGUGGGAGGUGGAGGCCAGUGAAGGAACAGAGAUGAACCCCAUGUAGGUUGUUGUGUCUGAAGGGAUCUGGGGGAGCAAUUGCUGUUCCAGGAGAGGAAAUGCCCGUUGCUUCCACGCCUGUGGAACGUGAACUGCAGCUAACGUAGAGUCGACGUCUGAUAACGUUGCUGGUACUCGGUGCCAGUCCCAGGUUGUAGGUACUUGGAUGGAUUCAGUGCAUGGAAAAUCUUUUUUCUUUCUUUUUUUCUUUCUUCCUGUUGUUUUUUUUUAAAGACUUGCUUCU